CAAAAGCAGAGAAUUUACCAAUUUCCCUUUCCUUUCUAUCGUUUUAUUUUCCAUGAACAUUACAGCAGCAAAAAUUGUAUCGGUUAUUAUUAUUAUUUUGUUUUUAAUCAAAGAAAGACUCGGAACGAAGAGCGAACCAAGUGAAAGAGAAAAGGGGACAUUGGAAUCUUAGCCACAAGUUGCAGAAGAAACCGAACCCUUAUCCUCGACAUCACGAUGCGGCUUCAGGCGCCAUUUCUCCGCCACAACAUCGUCUCAUCUCCGUCUCCAUCGCCAAUAGCCGCCACCUUCUUCACUUCAGCUCCUUCGAUUUCGACCUUCCGACCGCCGCAUUCCAGUCUGCGAUUUCGAUUCAGGACGCGGACGCCGGUGGAUUCUCAGAGACGGAGACUCACCGUUUCGGCAACGGCAGUUCCAGAUCAACGGCCGCUGGAUCUGACGGAGGAGAACGUGAGACAGGCACUCGGGGAAGUUCGUGUGGAGCUAGCGCAGAUCUUCGACGGCUCCGUCGGAAUUACAGGAGUGGUGGAAUUGGCAGAACUGGACGGACCCUUUGUGAAAAUUAGUCUGAAAGGUCGAUUUUGGCAUAAGCGUUCCACGGUGGUAGCUCGGGUGGGCAAUUAUUUGAAGCAAAGAAUCCCUUUGUUGAUGCAGGAGAUUUUGGAGGUUGAAAUAGAAGAUGAGAGUCAAUUGGAUGAUAGUCCUGCAAGCUUUUAAUUAAAACCAUUUCUCUGUUGUAAUUUGCUUCAUUUGAAUCAAACCCAGAUAGAAAUAUCAUUAUUAUUCUUGUUAACUUUUGUAAUAAUAUAAAAUUCCCUCAAACGAUCAAACAUGUGAUCACACUUCAAUAGUCAAAACUACAUAAAUUGAUAUAAAAUUAAACCCAAUUGAGAUAGAAGUC